AUGGCGCCGGACCUUCACCGCGAGACGCUCGCGCUGCGCUACUGCUCGCCGUCGCCGGACGCGCCGAAGCCCAAGACAUCGCGCGUCAUGCGCAAGCUCGAGAACGUCCAAGCGACGCUCGGGUGCCCGCUCCUCAUCGUGAACCGCCCGACGCGGUCGCAGACUGUCGGGACGCUGCCAAAGCUCAACAAACACAACUUUGCCGAG